AUGCGAAUUGGAGCUGAGGGUGAGAUUUCUAAUUGGCAUUCUUAAAUCCCCACUAGUCACGAGGGGAUUGUUAACAACAACGUGCUCAGGAUCAUCAGGGGAAUACUUAAUGCUGAUCUGUCCCACGAAAUACCUUAUGGCAAAUUUAGUAGUGAGCUCUGACCCAGCCAGGGGUUGCAGGAAUACCGCAAAGCUCGUCUUGGGCGUACAAUCGGCUGCCAGGAGGAGAGCACAGGGGCUCUUGUUGCGUUCCACAAUCAAUUUGGCCAGAUUCACUUCACCAUCUGCAAAAGUAUGCAGCGUAUUCCCGACUACACUGCAUGUCUUGUAGAAUCCCCACGUAUUGAGCUUUGUGUCCAAAUGGUUGUACUUGAUGUUGUUGGUGUUCUCAUAGAGACGCGAAAAGUACGCCAGAGAGCCCAGGGUUGCCCCAUUAAUGUCCACAUUUAUUGAAUUAUCAUUCACACUUGGCAUUGAUACCUUCACAUCCAUUCCUGUGGUCCAAUUUCUGGUUGUUGUGUCCGGGUAGGACAUGAAGCUCGAGUAGAAAUGUUGCAAUCUCGUUAUGGCAUCAUUGUACCAAACUGGCAUCUGAAAUUAUGACAUUUUUGCAUUUAUUUGCAUGUUUACUAAUCUAUUUGGGACGCUAAAUAGAAUUAGUUGUUUCGGUAUCUCUUUGAUUCACGCAAUGUUGAGAGCGUUGACUGAUUUAAAUUAAAUUACUCACCCUGUUGGAUUUAACUUGCACAGCCAAAUUCGUAAUCUUCGUCAAGGUGUUGAAACGAUCCUGGCAUUCAUGGAGCAGCAUUGGUGGUGUGAACUUGAUGAGAUUCCCAGGACAAUUGGUAUCCUUCUCCAGGGCAUUGAGACUCUUCUUUGUACUCUCAUCCACAUCAAAUGAUCCUGAAACCGAGAUUUGGGACUUUUUCUGCGGGCAUUGUCCUUCCGUAGUGUCGGUGAUUUGUCCAAAUGUAGCCACCACCUUAAAGACUCCCGGCGAUUGGGCAUACACCAGUGGAGAGUAGUGCCCAUCCAGGCACAUCUAAAAGUACAAAAUUUUAUUUUAAUUUAAACUUAAUCUUAGCAAUCUGUGAAUGAAUAUAUUUUGUUAUUUUCCGAGUUUUUGCACAAAAGAUUUUUCUCUCUUCAAAUUUCAGUGCAGAUUAAAAUUUACAAUGGCUUCGCUUAGAGAAAAACGCGAUGAAUUCCGGACAUAUUUGGAGGAGAGUGGAAUCAUUGGAUUUCUAACGAGAGUUCUGACACGCCUCUAUGAGAUGAGGGAUCGUCCAUCGGAUGGGAUUGAGUACCUGCAGAAUAUGCUUGAGGAGCAAAAGAAAGCCCAAGAGGAGGCGGCCAAGAAAGCAAGUGCGGAAAAACCAGCAGCAGUGCAGGAGACUCAAAUUGAUCCAAAGACUACAGCUGUUGCUGCAGGAGCUGUUUCGGCUGUUAGCAUUGCUAGCUCCUCAGCGGCACCUCCAGUUGAUGCAAAUAGCAAAACACCCAGCAAUGAUGCAAACAUUGUCCCAACUACCUUUUCCAUCCAUGAGGAUGAAACAAAAUCCCACGUGAGUCAGGAGGAAAAAAAUGCAACUUUCAGUUCUGCAGCAAGCUACACAUCAUCCCAUGCUACAGGACAUAGAGAAUGGGGCUACAAAUCCUACGAAGAGAGACAUGGAUCUAAUUCCCCAUCCCUCAAGGCUUCCGAAAUUGUACAACAAUCUACACCGUCUCCACCGUCUGUGGCAGAAUCCUUCAGGACAACCGGAACAACUUCCCAAACAGCCAAUGAUGGGGAAUCAUUAGUAAUAUAAAUAAUGCAAACUCACGCGCCAAUCAUUCGAUCCGGAGACACGCUUCAUGAUCGCCUGAACUGUGGAGCUCUGCUUGCUGGCUGUCUUUGUCCAUCUAAUCUGCGUGGUCCAUCGAUGGAGGGGUGUUGCAUUGCGAUUUUCCAAAUCAUUUGUGUGACUCAAAUCAAUGUUUAAUUUUGUCGAAUAAACAUCCCGAUUCGAUAGAUCCUGGAACAUUUGAAUUGUAACUAAAAUCCUUGAAUCCUCCUCAUUCUGUAUCAACCACUUGACAUUCUUGUAGUUCCCCAAGUGUGUGGUGACCACUUGGAGGAUAUUUGCCGUCUGUAGGGCUUGUCCAGCAAAUUGGGGUACAUUCCCAUUUUCCGGUGUGAGGAUAUUCGUAAAGUCAAACAUACUCGGGACGAUUUUCUUAACGCCCACCGAGAGUAGAACCCUUGUUCCCAAAUCCCCAAUAUUCCAAUCAAUCACAGACACCGAUUUGUCAUCUUCGGACUCACUAAACACAUAGAGAUUCGAUGUAUCCGUCUCUGAAUCACGCAGAAGGAAUUCACGGAUGUUGGCGCUAACGCGAGAUUUCAGGGAGAAUCCACUAUUGGUCAUCUUGGGACGAAUGAAGCUCAGGAACAUCUGCCCCGUGGACAUAUCCAAUCCUAUUUCACUAUUUAUGGGACUAUAGCCGAGGAAUCCCUGAUCCUGUUGCACCUGAUGCUCAUAGUUGAGGAAGGGAUUGUAGCUCCGGGAGAGGCAUGUGGAGUACGAUGAGUAUCUCAUUUCAAUUUGAUGAUUUCUCAGGGCUGUGGAUGAGUGUGUGGGGAAGGUGAUGUUCCCACGUAGAGCUGUAGCCACUGUGCUCUCAAUCACCACUUCCGCUGGUGUUCCAAGGACCGUUGGGACGGAGUAUUUGUUCAUAAAUGGCCAUCGAAUUGUCUGCAUGUUUAUGUGAGUCUCUCCCAGGAAGAUUGUCUGAAGGCGGGAUAUUACUGCAAAGAACAUUUGAAACUCUCUCAAUGGAGGAACAAAAGAAAAGAAGAAAAGAAUUCUUCUUACUGUCUCCAUUGGUGAGAUUCAUCACCGUUGUCUGAUUGAUGUGAUACGAAAGUACAGCUUUGCCCUCAACAUUGAGGAUAAAUUCAAAAUGUAGAGGUGUUUGAGGGAUUGGCUGCAAUUUCAUCCCAUUCAGGAUACUCUUUAGUUGAUCAAUUUCAAUUAUUGGCACCGUGAUCUUCUCAAUGAUCUCUGCUAGACCUCUUAUUUUGAUGAAAAC